UAUGGGUUUGUGAAGCUCGUGCGGCGUUUCUUGCUGUGUUUUACUUGUUUGUUAGCUACAAAACCAGCCUGGCUAAUACCUGUACGGUUACUAUGUUAGCUCGUUAGCAUUCAGCCCCAAGCAAAAAUUGUUUGCAGACCGUCGGAUGGUGACCAGUGUUAACACGCAGCUCCUGAAUCUUCCACAUGUUCCAAUAUCCGUAUUUUACAGCGACCAAAAACCCGAAAUGAACUAGUUUAUUAACUGUCUAACUAGUCUCUGUUGUUGUUAGCAUAAUAUACUGACUUUCAUUGUUCUGCUCGCGCGCUAGUCACCCAAAAGUAAGACAUUCAAAUGGCGGAAACAGGAGAAAGUAAGAAAGAGGAAGCAGAUUACAAGAGACUACACAGCUUUCCUCUCAUCAGGCACACAGACAUGCCAGAGGAGAUGAGAGUUGAAACCAUGGAGCUGUGUGUCACAGCCUGUGAAAAGUUUGCUACUAAUAAUGAGAGUGCAGCUAAGAUGAUAAAGGAGUCAAUGGAUAAGAAGUUUGGAAGUUCCUGGCACGUCGUAAUCGGCGAAGGUUUUGGAUUUGAAGUGACUCAUGAAGUUAAGAAUCUGCUGUACAUGUUUUUUGGCGGCAGUCUGGCGGUGUGUGUUUGGAAAUGCUCCUAGUGCUGAUAUUUUUCAGCUUAUUUCUAAUCCAUCCACACACUACCUACUUUUAUAAAUAUAUACAUAACUGCAUUUAAAGUACUGUUUGAGCUAUGCAGAUUUUUUUCUACUUGAACUUUGUGUGCAUGUGUGUUUAUGUAAUAAUGUUUGUAUGUCUGAAAGAAAACCUGACAGUAUAGACCAUUUAUAGUUCACCUUCUCUACAACUGUAUUUUUUAAUUAUUAUUAUUUUUUGCUAUUUUACUUUGAAUGGAGUGGAUCAUAAUGGAGUUCGAGUAGAACUUCUUCUCAGCCUCCACCUCCAGUCUGGACUAAUAACUUCUACUAAUUGUCUCAGUGAUUUAUAUGGACGGCUAAGUUUGCCAGGAGGAUGAAAAAUGAAUGACACACUGGCAGUGAGAUUUCUUUUAAUGUCUUGUGGACAGAUUUCUAGAACGUUCUCUUGGUCCAUGUACCACUGCGUAGCACUGCUGUAGUAUUUGAACCCAGUGUAAUUUUUUUAAAGUUCAGUUUGUAAUGUGUAAUCAUUUCUCGACCUGUAAUAAUCGCAUCAUUUCAAAGAUACCUUAGAAAACUGUGAUUUGCGGUAUUGGCAUGGAGUGGAUCGGCUGGUCUCUUUUAUCUCAGGCUUCUGUUUACACUUCUCUGGCCCGGAAAUGUACUCCACCCCCCAGCCAGAUCAGAGCUGCUCAGGUCUGCCCCCAUUUCAUGCCUUAGGAGGCAGCAGAGGGCUCUAAAAAUUACAACCUGCUCCUUUAAGAACACGUGUGGUGAUGUGUGUGAGAGAUGUUGUCUUCAUGUACCUUCACAUCAGACACCUUUCUAAAAUUACAAAUCGAUCAUAUUUAGUAAUACCUCUUACUUUUCCCAAUCGUUUAACCCUUCCAUGCAAGCCGUUUCAAAGAGCUUCCUCUGUAUUAUAUUGACAGUUUUUUUUUUUCACCUUUGUCUCACUGUUUUCUUUACUAAACCAGCGUUUCUAUGAAGUGUGUCCUGUUGGUUUACUUGAAUACAAGUGUAAAUCUUUUUAAAUAAACGAAACUGUCAAUAGA